AGCAGGUCGGCUCAGCGCCCUUGGUAGAGUCAAAUGACCUCGCUCUUCACUGCCGCCCAUGCGAGGGCUCCCAUGCGAGGGCUCCCGUCCCGUGCACCUCAUCGCUCACCGCUCACGUCAUGCUGCCACCAUCGGAGCCUUCCUUCGCCGCGCCUCGCGCUUCCUCCCACGCGCACGUCGCGCGGGUCCCUCGUGUCGGCAACACUUCCCCCCGCGCUCCAAGCCUCCUCCCGCCCCUCGCGCUGCCCGCGCCCAAGCCCGUCCCCGCGCGCACGAGCCAGCUUCUUGUCGCUGCCGCGUGGCCGACGGGGCAGGGGAACAGGGUUGAACGGGCGGGUAGGCUUGAUUCUCCGAGGGUAGAGUGAGAAGCAAGGGGCGGAGAGUGAGAGCGCGGAGAGGCGGACCUGCGGCUGGCAAUGAGACGUGCGCGGAGGCGUGGAGGGGCGCACGGAUGCGGGUGUUGGCUUGGAGGGCCCCGUGCCGUGACGGUCAGACAAGCCAACAGGUGACGUGCGAGAGGCCAAGUAGCGCCGGCACCACGACAGCCGCGGUUUCGAGUCGACUCAAAAUACACCACGACAGCCGCGGUUUCUGGUCGCACGGGUCCCGCUGGAAGGCAUGCGCCGGGGGUGAGGGGCAGCGGUGACGGCAGUGGCGAGACCAGUCGCGCGAACAGCGACAGCAGUUGCCGCGGAAGCUUGGUGUAGAACGUCGUGGGAAGGGGUGUGGUGAGAGGGGUUGCGGUGGAGCGGCUGCCGGCAUGUCUCAGGCGGCAGGCGGCGGCGACGACGGCCUGCUGGGCCUCCUGGCGGACAGCAGCGCGCGCGGCUGGCUCGACAUGUUCUCCGCGCUCGCCCCUCGCCCCCACCACCGACACCUGCACCACUGUCGCCACUCCCAGCACGCCGCCGCCCCACCCCCUGCCCGCUCCACUGCCGCUGCCCCCUUGCCUCCCCGCCGGCGCAAGGGUCUCGUCCGUGGUGCGGGUCCACGGGUCGCUGUCGUCGGGGAACCACGCGGCGGGAUCGCGCUACCACACAUCGUCGUCGCACGGCCGCACAAACACAGCGGGCGGCACGGCGGGCAGCAGCAGCAGCGAGGCAGUGCGGGCGUGCUUGGUGCCCCACAGGCACACGUCCCUCAUGCGCCACUCCAGCUUGUGCUGCACGCGCUGAAAGGCACGCGGGCCAGACGCCAGAGAGGACCCACUGGCAGUGGCGGCACCCGCACUGCCCUCCCAAGCUUCUUCCCAAGCUGCUGAGUCCUCCCAUGCACCUCCCCGCCCCACUGCUGCCCCACCUCCCGUAACUGCUCCGACCCCACCUCUCCCUCUCUCUCGCCCCCCACCCCCCACCACCACUCGCACUCUCCUCUCCAAAAAGUCAAACUCCACGCGGCACCCCUCGGCCCUGGACUGCCACGUUACCGCCAGCUGGGACGGUCGUUGCAUGAAGCCCACAUGGACAGUGGCGUCACGCAGAAUGCCCUCCGGCGCGCGCCUGUGCUCCGCCACCCUCUGCACGCCCACGCGCUGCCCGCUCACCUCUAGCAGCCCCUCGCACCGCACCACCCUGUUGGCGGCCUCCGGAGUGAGCAGGUCCACGAAGCCGUACCCCAGCGACGCCCACUCCUCCCUCGCCCCGCCCGCCACCGCCGCCACCCACGUGCACCCCUUCACCGCCACGCGCCCAACCGCCUCGCUCACUGUGCUCCGCACGGCGCCCGCCAGCGCCUCCGCGCUCGCGUCCCCGGGAAUGCCGUCCACGCGCACGCGCGCACCCCCCCACCUCCUGCCGCCCCGCCCUCUGCCGCCGCGCGCGCCGCCUCUGCCUCUGCCCCUGCCCGGCCUGAAGCUGCUGGCGGCGGCGGCGCGCUGCACCGCAGAGCGCGCUACCUGGGCGCCCCCCAGCAAGUUGCCAUCGCCUCUGUGUUCUCCGCCCAGCCCCCCCUCAGCCUCGCGCACUUCGUCCACCUGCAGCCCUCCUGCCCCUCCCUUGCCUCCGCCCUCAGCACCGCUAGCAUGGGCACUGCCAGCAGCAGCAGCAGCAGCCAAGCACCAUGUGCCCGUCCCGCCACCCUGUCCUUCCCAGUGCUCUACCUGCUCACAGCGCUGGUCCAGUGGGGCACCAUCCCCCCCACAGCCGUCUCCCCCUCCCUCUACGGCGCGUUGGCCCGCGAGCCCGUGCGCGCUGCCGUGGCGGUGCUGCUGGAGUUCUUCCGCUUCUCGCGGCCCAAGUUCGACCCCCAGAGCAAGUUCACGCAGGUGGCCCGGGCCAUGCGGCAGCAAGGCAGGCUUCCGGGGAGAGAAGGGCAGUGAUGAGCACCCACAGCGGCAGGGGGGGCCAGAGGAACACACGGAGAGGCAGGGGGCAGAGGAGGAAGCGGAGGAGGAGUUGGGACAGAGUGAGAGCAGUGUGUGGCCAUGGCCCCUCCCUGAGAACUAUGUGCUUGUGUUCCGCGUGCUCAUCUCUCCCCUGGCCACGCACUGCUACCUGCCCAGCGCCGAGCUCGCCAACCGCGUCAUCUCGCACUACCGCCCGCUGGCCCAUCGCUUCCUGCGCGUCACCUUCACCGACGAGGCCGCCCGCCAGCUGUCGUCGUUCGCACUGGUGGGGGCGGGUGGAUGGGGGGAGCCGGCGCAGCACAGCAGCCGCACGGACGUGUACCGCCGUAUUCUGAGGCUUGUGGACCAGGGCUUCACUCUGUGUGGGCGGCACUACCGCUUCCUCGCAUCGUCGGCGUCGCAGCUGCGGGAGAAGUCCGCGUGGUUCAUCGCCGAGGAGCCCUCCAUCGGCUUCACUGUCGCCUCCGUGCAGGCGUGGAUGGGGACGUUCUCUGCCAUCCGCAACGUGGCCAAGUGCGCUGCGCGCAUGGGGCAGUGCUUCUCCUCGCGCUUCACCUCGCUGCCCCUCCCCCGCGCGCUCGUCUGUUCGCUCCCCGACGUCACGCGCCACUCCUACUGCUUCACUGACGGUGUGGGCGCCGUGUCGCCCGAGGCGGGCAGGGCGCUGGCGGACGCCAUCGCGCCGUACCUCGACCGGCCCGUGGCAGGGGGGGGCGGGGUGGGCACGCGGCGCGAGGGAGGGGCGUGGCUGCGCGCGCCGUCGGCGUUUCAGAUGCGGUACGCGGGGGCGAAGGGGGUGGUGGCGGUGUGGCCGCGGCGGGUCAUGCAGCGCGUGGAGCGAGAGGCCCAGGUGCACGGGGAGGGGGGCAGCGCCACUGCAGCGGCAGGGGUGGAGGUGGCCGGUGGUGCGCAGCAGCAGCAGCAGGCAGUGGGUCUGAUGUUCCAAGAGGGGCAGUGCGCAGGCGCGUGGUGCGAGCAGGCAGGGCGUGGAGCAGCAAGGGGAGAUGGGGGUGUGGUGGGGCAGGGCGUGGCCCACAUGUGGGUGCGGCCCAGCAUGGACAAGUUUGAGUCGCAGCAUGCUGACGUGGAGGUCAUCAACUGGACGCGCCCCCAGCCGUGCUUCCUCAACCGCCAGAUCGUCACGCUGCUGUCCACGCUGGGGGUCCCUGACCAGGUGUUUCUGGACAUGCAGGACACCAUGGUGCAGCGCCUGGAUGCCGCAGUGAGCAGCCGGGCGUCGGCGCUGCGGCUGCUGGAGGAGAGCGGCGCGGACCACCUGUACGGCGCCGCCAUGGCCAUGCUCAGGGCCGGCUUCCACCCCGCCCACGAGCCGCACCUCAAACGCAUGAUCCGCGCUUACGGGCAGUGCUUCAUCCAAGUGUGCGACGCCACGGCGCCCACACCCACCUCCACAUACCGCCUCAACAGCACGGGCCGUGGCAUGGGGGCCCCGCGGGUGGUAUCUGGGCCGGUGGUGUUUGGCAAGAACCCGUGCCUGCACCCGGGCGACCUGCGCCUGCUCACAGCCGUGGACGCGCCGUGCCUGCACCACCUCAUCGACUGCCUCGUGCUGCCCAAGCACGGCCCGCGCCCGCACGCCAACGAGGCGUCGGGGAGCGACAUGGAUGGCGACGUGUACUUCGUUGCAUGGGACCAGCGGUUGCUGCCGCCUGGAGGGCGGAGCAGUGAGCCCAUGGACUACCAGCCGGCAAAGAAGGACGGCCGUGCUGCCGUCACCAUGACGGAGGUGCACCUGUUCUUUGUGGACCACAUGCUCAACGACAGCGUGGGCAUCAUCUGCAACGCGCACGUCGUGCACGCUGACCGCAGCCCCAUGGGGGCCUUUGACCCCGCAUGCAUCACGCUGGCGCGCGAGGCGGCGUGAUGCCGCGCGGGCUGAGGGUGCACGAGUACCCCGGCUUCAUGGAGAAGGGCGCGCGGCAGGACACGCACGAGUCCAGCAAGGCGCUGGGGCAGCUCUACCGCCGCGUGAAGGCCAUGGUGCUGGGCGACCAGGCGAAUGACUUGCCGCGGGUGAUACCGGCAGUG